GCAAGCCCUCAAGCUGGUGUCCUCUGAAAAAGCCAUGGAAACUCCAAAUUUAAGCCGUCAACAUCCGUAUUUUCCCAUCGAUUUGGACCUUCCCCAUUACGAGGAGAACACUAAAGAUGUCCUUGAAAUACUUGCCAUCUUUGGGGUGGUGGUUGUGGUCACUAUGACGGCUACGUGGUGGUAUGUCAGUGGGAUCAAACGUCCUAAGUUCUCAUUUUUGGACAAGCUGAAGUUGUGUUGGUUUGUCUCCUGUGUUUUGAUCCACAUCGUCAUUGAAGGGUAUUUCAGCCUGAACCACCGAACCCUUGCUGGCAGUCAGACGUUCCUGGCUCAGUUGUGGAAAGAAUAUGGGAAAAGUGACAGUCGCUAUAUCAGUUCUGACAACUUCACAGUCUCCAUGGAAACAAUCACAGCAUUCGUCGACGGCCCGCUGUGUCUUCUCACCGCACUCGCUUUCAUCAAGAAUCGCCCCGACCGCUAUGUCUUCCAGCUAAUUGUCUCCAUGAUGCAGCUCUAUGGCGAUGUCCUCUACUUCAUGACCGAAUGCAGGGACGAUUUCCAACACGGCGAACUCUGGCACCCAUUAUAUUUCUGGUUUUACUUUGUAUUUAUGAAUAUCUGGUGGAUCAUAGUGCCAAUUUUGUGUAUUAUUCAGUCUUACAAUAGAAUGUGUUGUGCUCAGAACAAGACUGAUGCCAUGGUUACGAAGGUUAGCAUUAGUAGCAAAAAGAGACAUUAACUAAUUGAUUUUGGUAAGAAAAAACCUGAUGCUCCUGCGAGAUAAUUUUUUUUUAUCUAAAUGUGCUCAUACUGAACAUUUGCCAUCAAAUUAAAGUCAUCUUGUAGCGGUCGUUGGUUGUGACGCAAAGGAUUGCAGUGAUCAAAAGAUAAGGAUUGAUGUUUUUUCCAUUAAAAACAUUGAUAUCCUUGAUACAUAGACCUUUUUCAUCAGUGGACAACCCACUACAAUAUAUCCAGCCAAAUCUAAGUCAGUAUGUUAGAGUCAAUCUAUAGAUUGUGCCACCUCAUUUAAAUUCCAUUUUAUUUUGAAUCUGUCAUUGUGUUAUGUAGAGGGUGUUCCAAUCUACAUGUCUGGUCUCAUCAAAUAAUGGUAUGGGACGGGGGGCAACUUGGUUGUUAUUUUGAUGAACAUUUUGAUCUCAUGAUUCUUGAAAGCAUUUUGCUUUGUUCUGUUGUAGAUAGUAUUCUCUUGAUAUUGAUCUACUAUGAUGAUUGCUUUUAUAAUAUUACUAUUGUCAGAAUGUCACUUUAUAAUAAUAUACGAAAUUUAUCACUAA